UGCCAACCUUCGCCCAAAACAAAAAAGCAGUAUAAUCUGACUCAGCCUCAUUUGAAAUAUAUAAGGCCUGUUACUAUAGAGACCGCCUCAGGUGUUGGUAUUGUGCUGAUCACAGUGAGUGGAAUUGCGUGGAGACUGACGUCACACGACGCCCCUUCAUGUCGUGCUAUGCUGGGGUUACAGAAUUCGGAACAAGAGCCAAACAGGAGGUUUGUUCCUAGGGUACCGCCCUAUGGUAGGCCCCACCACCCCUAUGCAGCGAUGAUGUAUCCAGAGUUCCAAUACAGGCCUCCACCUCCGUCGUACCAGGCCUCGAUGCAGGAGUACAGGCUGCGGUUGCUGCUCCUGGACCGACAGCAGGGGUCAGGAUCCGCUUCGAACACCGCCUCGGCGCUCUCCCCUGUGUCCCCACCGCCCACGUACAGGUCGCACACAACGGGCACCCUUCAUUCCAGGCCGCCCCUGACUCUAACGGAGAGAGAAUAUAGUCGACCGCCGAGUUACAGGUCUCGAGCCAGUUCUGCGGGAGUCUUGAGGCCGAGUACCGAAACCCUCUGCUCCUUGAGCACUCAACAGCAGCAGCAACAGCAGCCACCCCUGGCUUCUAGUCAUAGUCGGAACCCUUCUCUAAGUCUCAGCUUCCUGUCUCACGAAUCUCUCUUUCUGGACUCAGGCCAUUCUAGGCCCACGGUCCAGGACCCAGUCCACUUCACCAGUCCGAGUGGGGAGUCCCAGAACUCGGUGGUGGCCGGCCUCAGCGAUGACAGCCCUCCUUCACGUGACGGAGGCUCUUCAACAUGGGGACGGGGCAGCUCCUGGAAGCCCCACCUUCAUGACGUCAAUGCGGUGACCAUCGUCCAGACGACGGACUCUUCCCAAGUGCUCAACAGGGACACUGUGAUACUCACCGUCCCUGGCCGGGAGGUCCCAGAAAACCCCUCUACCUCAGUGGGGGAAGUGAGGAUCUUGGCUCACGUCUGAGGAUGAACACUCGCUCCCGUUUGCUGGGAGAGGACAUAAGAUUUCGUCUCAAGGGCACAUGUGCCUCAAAUUGUUUAUGGAUUCUAGCAAUACCAUCGAAGAGCUAUAGCGGCAGGGGAGGUUCCUCGGACCUGUGUCGUAACAGCUGUAGACGGAAUUCAUUUUUUAAAAAUAAAUUCACGCCAAAGAACAUACGUCGGAAUGAAGUGCUAAAGUGUGUAAAAAGUUUUAAAACAGGCUUUGAUAAUUGCUAUACAAAUAAAUGAUGAAACUAACUGCUGGAUAAUGAACCCGUUUUCUUCAUCGAUGACUCUGGAAAAUAUUUUACCUGGAACCUAAAUAUCUGUUUGUUGCGGUUAAUGGUUUUAAUAACUAAAAAAUGAUUAUUUAAAUCUCCACACUCAGUUAAUUCAGUUCAAACAAUGCAGUUGAUAAUUCAUGGAUUACUUUUUAAACCCCUUUCUUGUUCGGCAUUUUUUGGGUUCCUCCUUAUUUUUUCCUUGUGUGGUGUUCUCCUCUAUCCCGAGUUUUUAUUUUAAUACUUAACCAAUAUUCAACCACUUCACCGAUUCCUCGAGACAGAUUCGUUGAUUUGAAAACUAUCGUGAGGCGUCAGCAACGAGACACACUCGUUUAAGUUAAAUAUGGACUGCAUCGUUACUCUCGAGAGAGACAUGUCGCUGCGUGCUUUCCAACCCCCAGAAUGCCACGAAAAUGAAAAGAGGAGAUUUGUGACAUAAUUGGUCACCUUCUUUCCAGCGCGGGAUUGUAUCAAGAUCAUGCAAAGCAAAGUUCACUUAAAAAGUUCGGAAAUGGGAAGUUCCUACCACCCUUUUUCAGCUGGCAUUGCAGUUGGAACUAAUGCUCGUUCGAAAGCAUGUCUGUAGGGAAUCGGCUUUCUUGAUUUUAAGAUGAGAGAUUAGGAAACACAAAAUAAUUUUUCUGGUAGGUAUUGUGAUGCUAUUCAACAUCUUUGAGUCUGACAGGUAGUUCAAGUUCAUUUGGCGUGAAAUUUCAAAUAGGUUUCGGCAGCUGGUGAAGGGGGGAAGUAAUAUUUUUAUCUUGAACCAAAGUCAAUUGUAACGGCAAAAGUUUAUCUUUAUUUUAAAAAAAAGUAGCAAAUAUUUGAGUUUUGUAGGACGGUAAAGUGGUUAAUGAAUUAGUUCUAUAAUGAGAAGGUAAAAUUAUAUAUUUUCUGUCUGAAAAUUUGUCUCGAAAUUUUUUACUCACUCUAAUUAAUUAUUCAUUGGUUUACAAACGGAAAAUAAAAAGAAUCAUUUUUAUAAUUUUCAUAACUUUUAUUGCUUCAAUAGCACUUUUUUCCCUGAAAUUGUGGUUGUCAGCACAAAUUCAGCCAGCACAACACGCCAAUUAUUUUUAAUAAUUCUGUUUAUUAAACAGGAUAUCGGUGGAGGCUCUUUUUAUGAUUUUACUUCUCUCUGUAUUUUAUAGUUUUUAAGAAAUAGAGACUAAAAAAUAAUAAACGUGAAGAUUUUAAUUUUUUAAAAGUAAUAAUCACAAAGAAAUUUUUAUAACAUGAAAUGGUUAAUCUCACUAAAACAAGUACUGUAUUUCCCCCCGUAUCAUUGCCUUGCCUUGACUGGAAAAUAUUAUUGACACUGCAUUCAAAUAUUUCUAAAUCUUCCAAAACUUCUUUCUAAGAACACAUGGUUAAAUAUAUGCAUCGCAUUAAAAAUGGAGUAUAUUCAAUAAAACCUAUAAAUUCUAUGUAUUAUUUAAUUUUUCUUUUUUUUCCUCCGAAUUUCAUAUUUUAUUUGAAGUUUCAUAGACAGAUAUUAAGCUGUAAAGAAAGUAAGUGUGUACUUGAAAGCACAAUAUAAAUAACUGUUUUCUUUCCGAAUAACUUGAGUGAAAGAAAAAUAGAAUAUCGAAACAUGUAAAAAACUUAUUGUUCUCUCUAAAAAAGAAAGUUUAAAUUUUCGGUGAAAUCGGUUUAAAAAUCGCAGUUUCUUUCUUUCUUUCUUUUUUUUUAAACGAAAACUUCUUUAAUUUUUUCUGUUGAAAUUUCAUUCUUCAUCUUUUAUUUGUAAAAUGUACAACGAGGCAAGAAAAUAGUUUUAAAAAAAUAGUUCGGUUAGCUUUCGAAAUUAUACAUCGCAAAAGAGAAGUUUUGAAUAUUCAUUUGUAUAAUUAAAAAAAAUCUUAAAAAAUUUAAUAUGAUUCAGAUGUACUUUUUGUACUGAUCAGAUUUUUCUUAAUUCCGAGUUUUUUAUUUUAUUUAUUUUUUUUAUUUAGCUGAUAGAUAGGUUUUAUCUUCUCAUUAUUGCCAAUCCGCAGGGAACAAAUACUUCUCCUGUUUUUCAUUUAUAAUUCUAAGGAAAGUUAGAAAAGAGAAUUUCGUCAUUCUUCAGUUAGAAAAUGAAAGUGCAUUUUUUUUUUUUUUUUCUUUUCCAAUAUUCGCACAAGUAUGGGCAACUGUUUUCUGUUAUUUUCGUUACCAUGUAGUCAAAGUAUGAUCGAAAACAUUAUGUAAAAUUGAAGUAGUAAAUUAUUUAAAAAAAUUAACCAGAGUUGACUACAUUUUUAUUACCAUCUGCCGUAAGGAAAUUUUUUUACAUAUUUUUGCAAACUAAAUGCCAAAGGAAACUUUCUGUUUUAAGAUUCUUGUUAAUUUAUGAAUGCUAAAAUUUUAUUGGAAAAUAAUAACUUUUUUAAACUACAGUUACUAACUUGAAAACUGUAUUUUUGAUUUACGAGAUAAAUUUUGUUUUCUGUAAUUGAAAUUUUAUAUUGUAAAUAUUACUUGCAUGAUGUCUGUUUGUGUGCAAUGACAAAAUCGUAAGAUACUUUAAAUUUCAUAUUUUACUUUCAAUUAAAUUCUGUAUUUUAUAUUUCGUUUUCUGUAGAAAAUGUCUGACUUUUUAUUUGAUGUUUAUGUAAAAUUAUAGAUUUCUGUUCUAUGCUUCGAAAAUUUAUUAGUAUUUUUAUAUCAAAAUCUAAGAUGAAAUUAAAAUUGGACAAAUAUAUUACAGUCAUUGUAAUAUUUCUCUGCAAUAUACUAUUAAAUAUAUUUAUUUAUUAUAUAGAGAAACUAUUCUAUGAUACUUUUAUAAACAGGCUUAGAGGAAGACUAGUGUAUAAAUAAGUUUAUACGCCAAAUUCAGUUGUGAUUGAAUUUAUUUAAAUGUUUAUGUCUGUGUCUAGCUUAUUUGGCUUGUGUUGUUUGUAAACAUAUCAAAUGACUGUUGUUAAUUCGCAAAUUUUAUUGACCUUGCAAUUAAAAAAUGUCUAAUUUUUUAUGUUUUAUAAAUUUGCCUUGAACGUAUUACAAUCGGAUUUAUUAUACUCAGCUUUAAAUUUAUUUAUGAAAUACAGGUAUCCCUCCUAUAACACGGUAGAUAGUUCCAAGGAAAUAUCAUGUUGUGUGAAACCGUGUUAUAUGAGACAAGCAGUCAAUACAAAAAAGAGGGAAAAUAUUUUUUUAAUGGUUCUCACCAUUGCCUCAUUUAAAAUGAGCUCUUUUACAAUUUGAGAUGUCUCUUGUUUUUGCAAAUGAUUCGAAACUUGUAUUUUUAUCUCCAAAGAAAUAUAUAUAUAUAUAUUUUCAAAGAGAGAAACCGUGUUGUAAGAGGGAUACCUUUGUGUAAAAUCAAAACAUUAAUUAUCUUUCAUUUAGUUCAAAAAUAUAUAUGAGUAUGGCUUUAUUUUUAAAAUGUUUUAUUUAUAUUUUUUUAUGUAGAGUACUAAAUAAAGAAUUAUUCCUAUUAAAGUCAUGCUGAGAAAACAUGCUGGACUAUGCAAAAUAAUAGUACAUUUCUUCGUUUCAAAAAACGAGAUAGCUAAAAAAUGUAGCACAUCUGAAUUUUUGUAAGCUGUAAAAAGUGUAAAUUAAAUUCUCUGACAUCUGAAACUCUUGACAAGUAUAUAAACUUUAUUUUUAAUGACAUAAAAAGUAACACAAUUUUCCUAUUUGUAUUAUAGUCGCCAUUUGUAUAAUAUUCAUUCUUUUGUUAUUGUAAAUAUUAUAAUUUAGAUAUGAAUCUGCCGGAAUGUUUGGAAUUUUAGACAAGAAAUGUUGUUGUGGGAAAUUUGCGUUGCACAAUAUAGAAAUAACGCCUUUUUAACGCAUAAAUCACGGAUUUUCAUUCAUGCAGUAUAAUUCCGAAAGUUAUGUUAAAAUUAUACUUCGAAUGUUGAAUAUCUUGUGUUGCAUAUGACGCUGCUCAAGAAAGAUAUCACUAAAAUCGCUCGCUUCAGAGACAGCUGUUUUUGACCCCAUCUGUUUCGUGAUUAAGCUACGUCUCGAAAGUUCGUGAGUUUUUAUAUUCGAUACAGCAGCAUCAACCAAAGAACAGAGACUUUUGCUGGCGUCUUUUAUUGGGAAACAUUGCCGUUAAUAUGUACAUCUAGCUAUAAACAUGUAAGGAUGCUCAUCUGUCCGCCUUGUUGGAUGAAUCGAAGUGUUUUGGCGAGGUACCAGAGAGUACUGUGAUUAGACUAUAGAUAAAAAAUUAUGACAGCAUAUAAUAGUUACAGAAGAGGUUUGAAACAUAGAAUUAGCUGCAUUUACUAAAGAUUAUGAAUAGUUGAUAUAUUUUGGAACUGAACAAUAAAUAUAAUGUUCUAAAUUCGGAAAACUAAACGGAAUUAUACUGUAAUGAAUUUUUUCCCCAAUUUUUCCAUAUUUCAUUAAAAUUUGACGUAAUUAUCUGCACUCAAUGAACUGCUUUCCGAAUAUACUAUAACAGUGGUGGCGAACCUUUAUGGCGCCGCGUGCUCAAAACCUUUUUUUCGGGAGGGGGGGAGGAGCAGCGUGCCCCAAAACUCUUUGAUUAAAUCCCCAUUGGAGAGCGGUGUACCAUGUUUUGCCAGUCACAGUGAAAUUUGAAAGCUGGCCGUUGUUAGAUGGUUUGUUUUAGAAAGAUAAUUGCAAAAACCAACUUUCUGGUAAUUAUAAUUCCUCAAUUUCCCUCCAAUAAAGACAUUUAUCUUGUGGUUGGUGUUAAUAGAGUCGUAGCUAGGGUUUUCAGCGCCCAGGGACAACUGAAAAUUUCGCGCCCCCUACUGCUUGCCAAGGAUGGAAAACAUUUAAUUCUAAAAUGUCGUAACAUCAGUUUGGCGCCCCUUGGAUUCUGCGCCCGGGGACAGUUGCCCCCCUCUAGCUACGCCCCUGGGUGUUAAAGCCUAGGCUUAGGCCCUAUGCCAGUGGCAUUAUGCGAUAAGUAAGUAAAAGUUCAAGAACAGACUAAAACACUUAUUUAAAUUACAUAGUAUCAUUUUAUUGUUAUUAUUGACUAAGGAAGUAAUAUUUUAUAUCUGCGUGCCAACUGUCGCACGCGUGCCGAGUGUGGUACGCGUGCCAUAUCGCCAUCACUGUUCUAUAAUAACAUUAUUAAUUAAGCUAAGAUAAUAACGUAUUUUUUAUAAUAAAUGCAUAUAUGUACAUGCAUAUAUAUAUACACACACACAUAUGUAUGUAAGAAGUAAUAGCUUUUCAAAAAUGUACUCUUGUUACAAAUAUAAUAAUGAUUUUUAUUUUGUAACCGAAAAAUAUUUCAUUUAGCACGAGAAAUUAUUGUGUUCUUGUUCGUUUAAAUUAUUAGAUUUAAUGCUUACCGACAACCAUUGUAAUAAAAUAAGGUUUCGAAAAUUUUCAAUAAAACAAUUCUUUGAUUUUCGAACUCUUACUCCAUGAUUCAUAAAUAUUUCUUCACUUCCAUAAUCUAAAUCACUUUUGAUGCUUUGUUUUAAUAUUUAUUUAUUAAAUUACAGAUUUUUUUUGUUAUUAAUAUUAAAAAUUUUCGUAUUUUUUCUUAAGAAUAGAAUAAUAAAUAAUCAAGUAAUUAUAGGUUUAAAAAUAUUGGAAUUUAUCAUAUGGAAGUAAAUUUUAUCAGUACAUGAACUAAUUUACGUGUGUGUGUGUGUGUAUAUUUAUAUAUACAUGAAUUUGUAUAGAUGUUAUGAAAGCUAUGCUAUUUCUGUUCAAGUCAAACUUACAUAACGUGUUCCACUGAUAUUUUCGGAGAGUUCUUAAUUUACUUUUCAAUCAUAAAUUGGAAAUAUUGGUGUCGAUGUUGAAACAAAGAUUUAAACUGGUAUUUUUCUUUCUUGCAAAAGUCAUUGAUUUCAAAACAAUUAUGCACAUUCUAUGCAAUUACUAACACAUUUUCCAAUUUAUGAAAUUUUUAGCAAUUGUAUAGUGGACAUAACAAGCGUUUUCAAAUUUAUAAAUUGCACAAAACUAUAAUAAGGGAAGAUUGCUUAUUUAAUUACUCCAUGCUUUAUAAAGUUAAACCAAUGAUAAAGGAGAAAAAUUUCCCUAAUCAAUAGUAUGUUUUUUUAUUUUGGUACGAUGUAAAGUAAUAUUCUAGUUUAGUAUAGUAUAUGGGGGUUUAGAUUUUUAUUCUAAAUUUUCAUUUGUUAUUAUUAAUUUAUUGAAAAAUUUUUUCGAUGUAUUAAUUGAUCCAAAAAUGAAUCACAAAUUAUGUUCAAAAAAUUGAUGAAAUUUCUAUGGUUGAAUUAUGCGAGCAGUUUUUAAAAAAUAUGCAAUAAUUCAUUCAUUCUUUUGCACUGUAAUAAAAUUUGUUUUAUUAUCUCUCUCUAAUCAAUUUUAUUUAAUAAUUUUGUUUAAAUAUUUUAAGUAUAAGAUGUGUUUGUCAUAAUCUUGUUUACGUUUGAGGCAAAAAGACUUCAUAAAAUAACAAGUUCCAUAAUGUUUGGACGAGAAUCAUCUGCUUGUGAUUUAGCAGGAUUACUUACAACUUACAUUGAUGAAUUGAGCUUCUUGAGUAUAUUUUACUGUAUAAUACACGCUUAUUGUGCUCGAUCACGUGUAUGUACAUGACUUUCUGUAAAAAACCAGAAUAAAACAUUUUAUUGUUUACAUCCUAA